UUCAGAAAGAAAUCCCACUUCCAAAACCAAAGAGGAGGGUGGGAUGGAUUUUAGCAGAAACCCAACAACUUCAUAAAAACCCAAUCUGAGCUCGUCCAUUCCUCUUCCCCCGGCUGUAAUCAUGCUCCCAGAGCCUUCCGUGGAGAAUACAGCGACCGAUUACGACGCGGCCACCUCCUUCCUGGGGAAAUGGGGACGCUUCCAGCGGCGGGUCUUUUUCCUCCUCUGCCUGAGCGUCGUCCCCGAUGGACUCACCGGCUUCUUGAUCGUGUUUCUGGCCGACACGCCGGCCCACCGCUGCCUGCUGCCGGCGCACCUGAACCUGAGCGCGGCGUGGAGGAACAGCAGCAUCCCGCUGGAGGAGGAUGCGAGCCGCGGCGGCGCGUCGGUGCCCAGCAGGUGCUCCAGAUACAAGCUGGAGCAUGUGCUGAAUUACUCGGACAGGGGUCUGCUACCCGGAGUGGACGUGAAUCUGUCCACUGUGCCCACAGAGGGCUGCUUGGACGGAUGGCAGUUUGACCACAGCGUGUAUACGUCCACUAUUGUGACUGAGUGGAACCUGGUGUGUGGUGAAAGUUGGAAGAACCCACUGACGACCUCCAUCUUCUUCUGUGGCAUUCUGGCUGGAGCCUUAAUUUCUGGACUGCUUUCUGACAGGUUUGGAAGAAAAAUAAUGAUGUUUGCCACCAUAGCCUUGCAGGCGGUCACCAGGUUCAUUCAAGUUUUCUCUCCAAACUGGAUCGUUUUCUGCGCUUUGUAUUUCGUUGUGGGAAUGGGACAAAGUUCCAAUUACUUGGUUGCAUUUGUUUUAGGGACGGAGGUAUUAGGCUUUCAUAUCCGGACAAUUUUCUCCACGGCUGGAAUGACUCUGUUCUUUGGUGCGGGAUACAUGCUUCUGCCGCUGUUCGCGUUCUACAUCACUGACUGGAGGAUGCUGCUCCUUGCCUUGAUGAUACCCAGCUGGCUGUGCUUGCCUUUCUGGUGGUUCGUUCCGGAGUCCCCUCGUUGGUUGCUCUCUCAGGGAAGAAUAGAAGAAGCUGAGGCCAUAAUCAGAGAGGCAGCUGAAAUGAACAACAUUGAGCCUCCAGCAGUCAUCUUUACUCCUUUACAGAAUGGAGUUAAGGCCGGGGAGAGGAGGACCUACAACAUCUGUGACCUGCUUCGUUCUCCAAACAUCCGCUGGACCUCGAUCACGCUGUGGGUGAUCUGGAACACAGUCAAUGUCGCCUACUUUGCCCUUUCCCUGAACACGGCGAACCUCCAUGGGAACGCCUACUUCAACUGUUUCCUGUCCGCCACGGUGGAGAUGCCAGCCUACGUUCUGUCCUGGGUUAUGUUUCGCUGGUGUUCCCGACGAAUGAGUGUUUUUGCAUCGCUCUCCUCAGUGGGGUUGCUUCUAUUCAUCAUACAGCUCGUACCAGCACACUUGGUGUUUCUAUCCAUAACAUUUGAGAUGAUGGGGAAGUUUGCUGUGACGACUGCGUUCUCUAUUGUGUACGCCUACACAGCGGAGCUGUACCCUACUGUGCUGAGGAACACAGCUGUUGGCGCCUGCUCCAUGGCCUCCCGAAUAGGCAGCAUUACUGCUCCAUUUUUCAUUUAUUUGAGAACCUAUUCCGUCUCCCUGCCUUACAUCCUAAUGGGAAGCCUUACAACCAUGGCGGGGUUGCUGAGUCUCCUGCUGCCUGAGAGCUUUGGAAUUCCGCUGCCGGAAACCAUCAGUCACAUGCAACAGUUCCCAGGAUGUUGUCGGGAGGCUCCUUGCAUCGUCUCGCACACUAAAGAGGAGGAAAAAGCUGCAGAAAUAAGGUCUCUGGUCAGAAAGAGCAGCUCUCAAAUCUGACUUCAAACAAAUGAGCAGCCAUAAAGUCCAUGUGCGCAUAUAUGAGAAUUUCCAUAACUGAUCUGGGGAACCAUACAGAAGAAAAAAACAUUGUGUGUGAAAUAAUUUGUCAAACAUUUCCAUGAAAACUGUCCUUUCUCCAACACACUAUUGAAGAACUUGCCUCUUUUGCAAAUUACCAUUCUUUUUCUCAAUUAAUGUGACUGAUAAACUGCCAAUGGUGAAAGAGAACAGAGUUUAGAACAAGUUAUUCAAACACAGGUCCCAUUUCUACCCUAAAUUUUUGUUUUAAAUUUAAACCUUUGAAAUGGUCAUACUUUCAUCUCUUGUCAAUAUUUUGUCGACUUCAUUUUUGAUUUAAUAAUGUAGUGUGAGCCACAUAUACCUGGAUUGUUUUUUUAUAGUUCUCUGAUCAUUCAUGCAUUUGUGAGAUUGUAAUAAAAUUCUAUUUGCACCACACUUUCAAGAGUUACUGUCUAUGGCCGCAAUUAGAAAAAAGAAAUGAUCCAAACAUGUUAAUAAAUCAUGUUGAAAUCCCUUUUUUGUAUGGGAAGAUGUGUUGACUGGUCUUGCAAGGAAUCAUUCUUCAGUUUACAGUUUGAUGAACUAAUGUUUGUUCUGCACCCAUAAGGAUAUUUGUUCUCACCGUAUAGGACAAAAGUUUACUCUUUUACAUUUUACUGAAAUCUUUAAAGACAUUUGUUACACAUAUGUAAAACAAAUGCUGUGCUUUUUUUUAUUUUAAAGUCCAUUCAUUUCAAACAGGAAGUUAUGGUUAUUGCUUAAAGCUUGAGUGGUAAAAAUAAAAUAAAAUAAGUGGGUAUUGUUUGUGUCAGAGCUGUUGAGUAAUUUAACUAAACAACCAGCUGCUAAAUCUGUUUAUGGUGUAAACGUGUGUGCGUGUGUGUGUGUGUGUGUGUGUGUGUGUGUG